GACUUGAACGUACAACAGAGUUUCAAGACAUAACCAACCAAACUACACAGAAAAAAGAGAACAACAAUGGCCAAACACACUGGCUUCGUAGGUUGUUCCAUCGUUGUACUGUCUUUGUUAUUUGCAGCAACAGAGGCAACAAAAUACAACGUUGGUGGCAGCUUUGGAUGGAACAUCCCUCCCAACCAGACCUUCUAUUCAGAGUGGGCUAGCUCCAAGACCUUCGUCGUUGGAGACUCUCUGGUGUUCAACUUGACUGAAAACCAGAAUUUUGCUGAUGUAACAAUGGCUGAUUACAACAACUGCAGCACCAAGACGAACCCGUACGCCGGGACGGUGUUUAUGGUUGAUCUCUUGCAUCCGGGGCCUCGCUACUUUAUCACCACCGUCGAUGAUCACUGUGAAAGAGGCCAGAAGUUCAGUAUCAACGUUGAGGGGUCAUUCUCUUCUGGUACCUCUGCUUCAGCUCGACCACCAUCUAUUAAUUCUGUUCCAAUUCUGUCUUGUGGGGUCUUAUCUGCAAUCCUCUCCACCAUUGCUGUCUGUUUCUUCAACCGCGUCUAGGUUUUUAUAGUGUUUCAUAUAAUUACAGACCAGAUGUACUUUCUGUAUUCGUUAAGUGUCUAGCUACUCGAUUUGUUUAGUAUUCUUCAAGUUUCAAUAAUGAAUGUACUGCUAUGAGAAGUUUUGUUUCAAUAAAGCAGUUGAUCACUUGAUGGUGAAUCACGAAAGCA